UUGGGGGGGGGGAAGAAGACGCCAACCCUUAGCAAUGGCGGGAAUUGCUCUGUCCUUGAGAAGCCGGUCGAGGUUAGCGUCGUCUCUCCUCGUCGUCGCCAGGCUCCCGGCGGCCGGAGGAGGCGAAGGAGCACAGGUGUUGCGGAGGGUCGCGGCUCUGAGGCCCGUCUGGCCGGCCGCCCCUCCGCUGUGGAGGCCUCGCUGCACGGCCGCGACGGGGGAGUUGACCCCGGCGGCCCCUGACCCCCUGGCCCACCUGCGGCAGAACCCCUGGGAGUAUCUGGACAGCGAAGAAUAUAUCGAGCGCUAUGGGGAGAUUCCCAUCUGGAAGGAUUACAGACGGAACCACAAAGGUGGAAUCCCUCCCCAGAAAACACGCAAGACCUGCAUCAGAGGAAGUAACGUCUGUUCAAACCCGUGCCCGGCUUGCCGAGACCCAAAGAUCAUAAUGGACUUCAAGAACAUCCGUCUUCUGCAGCUUAUUUGCCCACACCAAGGCAUUGUGUUUGACCCGUCGCUAACCGGCCUCUGCCAAAGGCAGCAUAAGAAUCUGCUGGCGGCGAUUAAGAAAGCCCAAGAUUACGGGCUGCUGCUGAUGGAGCUGCCGCUGCUCGCCGAGCCGGCGACGCCGGAGGACUUCACGACGCGCACGGGUGCCGUGUCGCUCACCCCCCCGCCGCCCCACGGCGCCGGCGGAUCUCCCGGCGAGCCGCGUGAGCCGUGGUACCCGUGGUACGCCUGGAGGCAGCCGCCAGCCCGCGAUGUGGAGAAACUACGCAAGCUCUACAAGGAUUCCUCAAGAAAGACUGACGAUGACGUCGACACUGGUGAUGGUCGUGGAUGA